AUGACGUGUAUCAGACGGCCAAACUAUCAAAACUACUGCUGCUCAUGGAGUGGCAAAACAGACUCUUAUAGAGGCAAAUGUUUGGAUGACAUAAACUUAGAUUUAGAACAAGAUUUACUAGAAAACGCACAGGGCCAUGAUAAUUACGACAGUGAUGAAUUAAUAGAUUACGAUGCUGCAUUACCAACUGAAAAAUCAAAAGAAACGGAGUUCACAGACGAUAACCCUGUCCUUACUCCGCAGUCAACUCUACUUAGCGAUGCUACCAAUGCUACACAUAUUAAAACAAAGAAAAAAACGAAACCUUGUUCCUUGGACCACAGAACAGAAAAUUAUAGUUAA